AUUUUAAAUUUGAAGUUUUUGACGUCGCCAGCAAAUCAACUUCAAAUUUGUGCCAGUGCGUCAAAAAGAACGAAUCUAAAAAGAUUGUAAAGGUGAUUGAAAUUUUCUUUAAUAUUUGUGUUAAUUUUUGUUAAAAGUUCCAAAAAUGGCAGUCAACGUUUAUUCAACAAAUGUUACAACUGAAAAUCUAUCCAGGCAUGACAUGCUGUCGUGGGUUAAUGAUUGUCUACAGGCACAAUUCACAAAAAUUGAAGAGCUAUGUACAGGCGCUGCGUAUUGUCAAUUUAUGGAUAUGUUGUUUCCUGGUUCGGUUCAAAUGAAACGCGUUAAAUUUCGCACCAAUUUGGAACAUGAAUAUAUACAAAAUUUUAAAAUAUUACAAGCAUCUUUUAAAAAAAUGAAUGUCGAUAAGAUAAUACCUAUUGAUAAACUAACUAAAGGUCGUUUUCAAGAUAAUUUUGAGUUUUUGCAAUGGUUUAAAAAAUUUUUUGAUGCUAAUUAUGAUGGUAGAGAUUAUGAUGCACUUACAGCUAGAGAUAACCUACCAAUGGGUUUUGGUUCAGGAGCUGGUGUUGCUAAUAAAUCAAUUGGUGGAAUUGUGCGCAAGCAACCAAAUAAUGCAACAGCAGUACCAAAUCGUACAACUAUCAAUAAUACUACUACUGCUAAAUCGCUAACGGCUAGAGUUCCACCACGUACACAACAACCACCAUCAGCUCGGGGUCCAUCUACAGGGAAUUCUAUUAACAAAAGUUCAGAAUCGGGACUUAAUAAUCAAGUAUCAAAUCAGCAGAUUGAUCAAUUGUCCAAACAAAUUGAAGACAUGAGACUGAAUUUAGAAGGUCUGGAAAAAGAAAGAGACUUUUAUUUUAACAAACUUCGGGAUAUAGAAAUUUUAUGUCAAGAUACACAAGAGAAGCAGCCUAAUCCUUUAACUGAAAAAAUAUUAGAGAUUUUAUAUGCAACAGAGGAUGGUUUUGCUCCACCAGAUGAAAUACCACCAGAAGAUGAAGAAUAUUAGACUUUUUUUAAAAAAUUCACAAAAUAAUGAAAAAAAAAUAAAUAAAAAUAAUAUAUACAUAUAUGGUAAACAUGAAAAAAGAACAAAUACAAAAAGUAACGAGAAAAUGUUUGAUUAUAAGGAAAUAUAAAAAAUAAAGUAACUAUAAACAAGAUACUUUAAAAAACGAAAAUUCUAUUUUAAAAAUAAAUUAUAUAAAAUAAAAUAAAAAUCUAAUUUUAUUUAACAAUCAAAAAAUAUAAUUAAAAAAAAAAAUGAAAACAAAUAUAAAAAAAUUUAUUUAAUAUGAAAUUUAAAUCCGUGACCAGCUGUUAAACAGUAUGUAAAUAAGAUUCUGAAAACAGAUUUAGGGCAACAAGUAACAAGCAAUUAAUUAAAAUAUACUUUAAAAUUACAUUCGCAAGUUUUUAUUAAAAAUAAACUUACUUAAAGUUGUGUUAAAACAUUUUUUUUUAUUCUUAUUUUGUAAACUUUUAUAUUAAAUUUGUAGUAAAUGAAUGUUAUUGUUGAAUAUAUUGAAAUGUCAACGCCAGUGUACCCGCUUAAAUAUCACAAUAUUAUUUAGUAAUUUACAAAAUUAUUAUUUUGAAUUUAAUAAAUAAAUAUUUAAACGAAAACUCAUAGUUAAAAAAUUAUAUGUAUGUAUGCAGAUAAGCGGGGAAAAUUUCUUUACAAUCAAAAUAUUUCGAAUUUUUUAAGUUUUGUUUUUUUUUUAUCAAAAAUAAUAUAUUAAUAUUAUAUGCCAAUUUCUUGCUUGAAUAGUAAAUGAUAUUAGAAAGUAAGAUUCGGAAUACGGUCAAAUAAGAUAUUGUUAAAAUGGAUUGAAUAUCGACGCAUGACGAAAUGCUUUUUAAACUUUUUACUUGUUAUCUUUCAACUGUUUCACUAUUUGCUGUCAAAAUAUUAUAAAACUAAAUAACAAAAAAACGCAAAAAAUAACUCUAAACAUGAACAAAGUGCAACAGCAAACAAUCUUUUUUGAUUUUUCAUCGCAAAUUGGAGAAAGAAAAAUUAGUUUUUUUUUUUAGAUUUUUGAUUUUUAUUUUGUAUAUGAAACUUUAAAAUAAAAUAUAAAAGUUUUAUUUAAUCUUGUCAGCAAAAUACUUAUAUUAAAGUAUGAUGUAAUCGUGCAUUAUUUAAAUUUUUAUAUUUUAAAAAGAACAUUUUCAUAUAUUAUUUCGAAUUUAAGUAUUUAGUUUGAAGAAAAAUUAAAUUAAAGUAUACAAUAAUUCUUAUUAAAUAAAUAAAUUCGCGAAUUAAAAAAAAUAAAAAUAAAUAAAACUUGUAGGAUUGAAUUUUUUGUAUAAUAAACACAUAAUUUUUUUGUGUAGUGUGUUUCUUCGAAUAACUCAUGUAUUGCAUCAUUAUGUAUGCCACUUCCUGUAUUGAUGAUUGUAUGUGGAAACAAAGUUUUUCAAUUCGGAAUUUAAAAUUAUUAUAAUUUUUAAAUCGGAAGUUAAAUUAUGUAUAAAACAAACAUCACUAUUUAUUAAAAAAAAGUAUGUAAUAAAUGUAUUAAUCAAUUUUCUCAUAUAACAUAAUAAGUUUUGUAUUUUGUUUAUAAUCAAUAUUUUAUUUGAAAACUAAAAUAAAAUUAAAGUCGAUUUACAUUUAA